GAGGAGAAGAAGGCGGAGGACGAAAAGGUGGAGGCCAUGAAGGAAGCCGCGGACCCGAUGGUGUACACCGAGGACGGCAAGAGCGGCAAACGCCCGAUGCACAACAUGACGGGCACGUGGCAGGGCGCGUUAUCGCUGCUGGUGUUCAUCGCGGGGUACACCGCGGCGAUCAUGGAGGAGAGCGUCGGGCACGGGUUCAAGAAGUCGAUCCCGAUCACCUUAGCCGCCGGGAUAAUCUGGGUGCUCGUGGCGCUGGGGUAUAGGGACAAGGGUCACUCGCUGUAUUUCGUCACCACCGCGGCGAGGCACAACCUGACGGAGUUUGUUGAGGUUUUCCUGUUUCUCCUGUGCGCCAUGACGUUCAUCAACACCAUGCACAGGCUCAACGUCUUCAACAAACUCAGGUGGUUCCUGGUUGAGAGCGGGUUCAGUUACCGGAGCUGUUUUUGGAUCACCGGCCUCAUCGCUUUCUGGCUCUCGCCCAUCGCCGACAACCUGACCACGGCGGUGCUCAUGGGCGCGGUGAUCAGCAACCUGGGGCACGGGUACGACGAGUACGUGGCGAUGUGCUGCGUCAACAUCGUCGUCGCCGCAAACGCGGGCGGCGCUUUUUCGCCCUUCGGCGACUUGACCACGCUGAUGGUCUGGCAAAAAGGGAAGGUUCGGCUCGAGGAGUUCCCCGGGCUCUUGGCCCCCGCGGUGGUGAACUGGCUCGUACCCGCGUUCCUGAUGAACAGGCGGAUCAAGGACGCGGUCCCGCCCAGGGUGGAGGGCGAGGUCGCCGUGCAGUUACUCCCCGGCGCGGUCGAGGUCAUCUUACUCUUCGUCGCCACCGUGUUCAUGACGGCGUGCUUCCACUCGUACGCGCACUUACCCCCGGUGCUGGGCAUGAUGACCGGGCUGGGCAUGCUGAAGGUGUACGGGUGGAAAGUUCCCGGCAAGGGGGGAGACGCGUCGCCGGACGGGGACGGGGACGUCCCAACUCGGAGGGACCACGCCCUGGACAUCUUCAAGCGCCUGGAGCAGACCGAGUGGGACACGCUCAUCUUCUUCUACGGCGUCAUCAUGUGCGUCGGCGGCUUGGGCGUCAUGGGCUACCUCUCCGCGCUGUCGACGUUCAUGUACGGCAACUUUGGGCCCAACAUCGCGAACGUGGCGCUGGGGGCGCUAUCCGCGGUCAUCGAUAACAUCCCCAUGACGUACGCCGUGCUGCAGACGGACCCGCUGAUGACCACGACGCAGUGGCUGCUGCUGACGCUGACGGCGGGCGUGGGCGGGUCGCUCCUCGCGGUGGGGUCCGCCGCUGGGGUGGGACUCAUGGGGGUCAACUCGAGGUGCUACACGUUCAGGUCGCACCUUCGGUGGACGCCCGCGGUGGCGCUCGGGUACCUCGCGUCCGUCGUCGUGCACCUCGCGGUGAACGGAUUCGAAUAAUAAACUAUCAUCACGGUG